AUGUUACAUUUGCCAUCAUUGUUGCGCCACAGGCAUCUCAAUGAAAUGAUUGUGGAGGGAACAAUUACUGAAGCCAAUGAUUUCCCACCUCAUCUCACUUAUCUGUGGUUGGAGAAUUCUGUGGCGAAUGGGGUAGACCCAUUCAUCCCUCUCCAAAAGCUACGGUUUCUAAAGAAGCUUUGCUUGCGACUGUUUAAGGCCCAGUCCGAUGCUCAAAUUCAAAUUACAUGCUCUAUGGGAGGGUUUCCAAAACUCGAAUAUUUGUAUAUUAGAGUUGAUUUUGAGCUUCGAAAUUGGAUAGUGGAGGAAGGAGCAUUGGCAAGUUUGCAGGUUUUGCAUAUAGAUGGAGAUGCGACCUUAGGAGAGCUUCCACAUGGGCUGAGAUAUAUCAAAACCUUGAAGGAACUUGUCAUUACAAGGGGGUAUGAUGUGAGAGACAACCUGAUGUAUGGUCGAAACGAAUGGGUUGCAGACUUAGGUCUUUCUAUCAAAUAUUUGGAUGAGAGCUCUAUGAGGCCUUGA